AUGUCUAUCACAGAAGUUAACCAAACGUCAGAGGAGCCCAUUGCCAUCCCCUCCCACCUUGAUGGCGUCGCUUACCUCUAUGGCCACCCUCUCCUCAACUCCCUCUCUCCCCCUCUUCACCAGACUGUCUACAAUGCCCUGGGUCUCAACUGGACUCAGAUCCCGCUGUCCAGUGUGACUGGCACUUCCGAGACCUACCCCCCUCCUUACACCAAAUCCCCACCAAUUGAAAAAUACUUGGCCUCCAUCAAGGCCAACCCCAAGUUCGUCGGCUCCUCCGUGACCAUGCCACACAAGGUCGCCAUCAUGCCUCACCUGGACGACUUGACCGAACACGCCCGCCAAGCAGGCGCCUGUAACACCAUCUUCCUGCGCGACGACGCCAACGGCCAACGCCAAUACGUCGGCACCAACACCGACUGCGACGGCAUCCGCGAAGCCCUCCUGCAGAAUGCCCCCGAUGCCACUCGAUUCCGCGGCCGGCCCGCACUGAUCAUCGGUGGUGGAGGCACAGCCCGCACAGCCAUCUACGUGAUGCGCCGCUGGCUGGGCUCCAGCCGCAUCUACGUCGUCAACCGGGACGCCGAAGAAGUGGCCGCCAUUCUGGAAGAAGACCGCCAACGCAACCCAGAUGCCAAUGGCCAGGCUCCUCUGAUUCCCGUCACUGAUCCUGCUGAGGCUGCUCGUCUGGAAGCCCCCGCUGCCAUCGUCUCCGGUAUCCCCAACUAUCCCCCCAAGACUGCCGAGGAGCUGCGCUCCCGGGCGAUCAUCGAGGCAUUCCUGGGAACUGCCGCUACUGCAGACAAGCAGGAGGGUGUCAUUCUGGAGAUGUGCUACCACCCUACUCCCUGGACUGAGAUUGCCAAGCUGGCUUCCACAGGUGGCUGGAAGGUGAUUUUGGGUUCUGAGGCUCUGAUCUGGCAGGGUCUGGAGCAGGCUCGUCUCUGGACGGGCAAGGAUAUCAUUGGUACUCCUGGUCUUGUGCAAGAGGUCAAGGAUCUCGUUGCGAAGACUAUUGCGGAACGGGCUGAACCCAAGUCUAGCCUGUGA